AUGGGCGCCGGCACCAAGUGUCAACUGGACGACUCCUGGGUUGUCCAAGACGAAGGCGAGGGUGAUGACACCAUCAGUUGGGACGAAGGUUCAGCGGCCUCCGACUCCAACCCCGAAGACGCAUCCACAGUGACGAAUCCAAAUAAGCGGUAUCAAACAAGACGCAAGAAUCUUUCGGGCGGGCAGACCAAGUCAACAAUUACCCAUCCAGAACCAGAGCUCAUCAUGCCUUCCAUGACGACCAGCAUGCCCGUCGCAGACAGGCUGGCCAGGAAGCGUAAACCCGCAGUUUCAUCCAGAGACACUCCGUCGAAACAGCCGCGCGAACCUAUAGCACGAACAUCGUCUGCUCCAAAGUCACCCGAGAAAUCCAUGGCAUCGAAGAUAGCCGACAAAGCGGUCGACGUCCUCGGCCAUACAGCAGAGUGGUCACUCGACAUCAUAGGCCAAACUCUGAAAGCUCUCAAGAAACCCAUAUCAUGGUUACUUGCCGCCUAUGUGUUCGCGGGGAUUUUGAUUCUGGCCCAAAAUCUCCUGACCACGUCCAUCUACACGGCCCUAUCACCCAUCUGUCGUGUGCCUGGAAUCUCCCUUUUACACCUCCCGAUCUGCCAAUACCACUCAGCAAUAACCAACAACGACACACCGACCCUCUCCACUGGCGUCUCUGCACCCGUCGAAUUCGACGCGCUGAUGAAAACACAAUCCCACUUCGAAGAGAUCCUCUCCUCAUCCGCCGCCGACGUCUCGCUCCCUCUUGACAUGAAACGAUCCGAAGCCUCGAUCCGCGAUCUCCGCCAGAUCGUCCGCUACUCAACCCUCUCAUCACGAAACGAACUCGUCCUCGAGUUCGACGGCUUCAUCGAAACAGCUCGCAUGGCAUCGUACGACUUACAGAAAUUCAACUCCCACGUCGGCCGUGGUGUGGACAUCGCGCUGAGUACCGCGCGCUGGACGCAGCGUGUCCUCGACGACAUGGCCACCAAGCAGUCUUCCCGUGGGAUUGUCCCCUCGUGGAUUCAAGACCACCUGCUCGCACCCUUCCAACCCGUCCGCUUCACCGAGUCUCGGCUCCUAGACCAAUACAUUGCACACACGCGCAUCGUUUCCGAAGAGAUCGAGCGUCUCAUCGACGAAGCCCAAGCUUUGUUGCUGGUCCUGCAAAACCUCGAAGACCACCUUGAAGUCAUCCACUCGAUCGCCCUACGCGACAAUGUCGCCGCACAGGCAUCCAAAGACGAAAUCCUUUCGCAUCUCUGGACAGUGCUAGGCGGCAACCGCGCACAGUUAGGGAAGUAUAACCGCCAGCUCGCGCUGCUGAAACAGGUCGGACAAUAUCGCAAAGUGGCAUGGGCGCACGUCUCGGCCAGUGUUCUCAAGUUACAAGCCAUGGGGGCGGAGUUGGAAGAGUUGCGAUCUCGUGUUGAUAGCGCAGAAGUCCUACGCCAUCACAAAGAGGUUCUGCUCAGUGUGCAUCUGGAAAAUAUACGGUUGGGUGUUGAGAGGUUGGAGGAAGGGAGGGAACGGGCAAGACGCUUGGAACAAGGCCAUAUAAGGCGGGUUAUUGAUGGAGCAGAGACGGGAGUGGACGGUGAAGGAUUCAAGGCUCUUUCUAGUUGA